UCUCUUGCCCGUCUCGCUACUUCCCUCCGCCUACUUUUAAGGCUUGGAUUUUUCAGAGCUUCAGCGUUUGACGGUGGGCGAGGGGCAGGCUGCAGGUGUCCGCCAGCGUUGCUGGAGGGAGGUCUGGCCGGGCGAGGAGGAGUUGACCUGGAAACCUGUCCUUGGCCACUGUCCUAUCUAAGGAACUCACCUUCCAGAGCUCACCCGCACAGAGCUGGCGGGGUAUCCUCUUAGGAGCUGAGGCAAUGGCGAUCUUCAGGCAGCUGUCCCUGGGCGCAAAGGCCGCCCUGGCUGCCGGGACUGUCUUCGUGUCCAUGAUUGUCUCCCGGUCCUACCUGGCGGAGAGCUUGGAGUUCAGGGCCUGGCGAUGCCUGUUCCGCCUGCAGCUCGCUCUGUUUGUCAACUCGCUCAUGCUCCUCGGCUCCAUCUACAUCUGGCGCAGCACCGUCAGCAACCUCAGGCAUUCCCCGGCUGCAGAGUCAGCCUGCUUCCAACUCUGGAAGAUGAUCGUCGCGACCUUCCUGGCCCUAGCGCAUUCCAGCUUCUUCACCAUGAUCUUUCUAGUGGCCGAGGAGCCCUAUCUCUUUUCCCUGGUUGCCUAUACCUGCCUCGGGGCGUAUGUCAUCAUGCUCUGCUUCCUUUGUGUCCUCAGCGGCAUGGAGCAGGCCUACCAGCUCCUGGCCUGGCGUGCCGGCAGGGCGGUGGGCAGUCUUGACAAGACCAGGAAGCUGGCCCUCCGGCCGGCACUGGCAGUGAUGGUAACCACUGUGCUCAGCGUGGUGGGGCUGCUGAACGCUGCCCAGCCCCCAGCGGUGACCACUGUGGAGGUGCCCGUGCAUCGGCUGCCCCCCUCCAUGAACAGCCUCAAGAUCGUGCUCCUCUCGGACAUCCACCUGGGUCCCACGGUGGGCAGGACCAAGAUGGACAUGUUCGUAAGGAUGGUGAACACGCUGGAGCCGGACGUCACAGUGAUCGUGGGCGACCUGUGCGAUUCUGAAGCCUCUGUCCUGCGCACGGCCGUGGCUCCUCUGGGCCAGCUGCGUUCACGCCUGGGCACCUACUUCGUCACGGGCAAUCAUGAGUACUACACGUCGGAUGUCAGCAACUGGUUUGCGCUGCUGAUGUCUCUGAACGUCCAGCCCCUCCACAAUGAGAACGUGAGGAUUUCUGCUACCGGGGCCCACCAUGAGGACGACGACUGGAUCUGCCUGGCUGGGGUGGACGACAUCGAAGCGAACAUCCUGCACUACACUGGCCAUGGCAUGGACCUGGAGAAGGCCCUGGAGGGCUGCAGCCCAGACCACCCUACCAUCCUGCUAGCUCACCAGCCCCUGGCUGCCAAGAGAGCCCUCCAGGCCCGGCCAGAUAUUAACCUGAUCCUUUCUGGGCACACGCAUGCUGGGCAGAUCUUCCCCUUGAACGUGGCAGCCUAUCUCCUGAACCCCUUCUUUGCUGGUCUCUACCAGGUGGCCGAGACUACAUUUGUAUACGUGAGCCCAGGCACAGCCUAUUAUGGGAUACCCAUGCGUCUGGGCAGCAGGGCAGAAAUUACCCAGCUCAUCCUGCAGCCGGCCCCCUGACCCCACCCCUGUCUGCCCCCCGGGCGCCUGCCUCCUCGUUGCCCUUGUCCUCUGUCCCCAUCCCUCUGCAGAGCAGGCCGUCCAUCUACCCCCUCCAGCCUCCCCUGCGAACCCACACUUGUCACAAAACUGGAUGGCACUGUGAUCUGUGCUGGGGCUGCCUGGCAAGUCCAGGGAGGUUAACUCUGCAGAUGACCACCUGCUUUUUCAUACGCAUUUGUGAGGCCGCUAAAGUAACGUGUAAGGACGGACAUCUGUUUUCCAAAUGAUGUGGAGUAAGCCCUCCUCCUCUGCAGAACUCACAGGGAUGCCCUGAAAACAGGGGUUGCUGAAUAGGGAUGUCCCUGGAAAGUGGAAUAGGAAAGGGACUCUUGGUGUUCUAAAAAUCUUUUGGACUUAAGCAGUUUCCAGAAAUCAGUGAUCCUGAGCUUUCUGGGGAAGGGGCAGUGUGGCUAGGUAAUCUGGGAGAACAGGCAAGAUGGAGGCCCCUCUGGCUGCUGGAGAAGAGGGUUUACGUUUCCCCCUGGGUUCUAUCAGAGUUACCUUUACUGAGAGCAUCAGCCAAACCGUCCUGAAUACAGGGUUCCUCCUGUUCCUCUGGGCCUUGGUUGAUGCUGUCUAACUGGCUGCUGGACCUUUGGGCUUGGGGGUGGAGUGGAAGGAUGUGAGCACUGCGAGACGGGGUCAUGGUGCUGCUGCCUAGAAUUCAGAGGGUGUUUGCCAACCUUGACUCCAUUUGUAUUACAACACUUGGAUGGAGUGAUGAGGGACAGGCAACUCGCCCUUGCUGAGAGAUGGGGACACUAAGGCAAAGGGAAGUUAGGGCACUGGCAACGCUGCAGGGGUCGUGGGAGAUUCCGGGCUGAGAGCCAGGUUUCCACCUUCCAACAGAAGUAUUCUUCCCACAGAAGUAUUCUUCCCACUGCCUGUAUCCUUACAGGUGAGGACGGGGUUCAAACACAAGUAACAGUGUAACGAGAAGGGCCUGGAACCUGAUGUCCUUUCCAAGUGCUCUCUUUGAGGCUGAUUUCAGUUCAUCAUAACUACAUGGACCCUGAAAGGGGGUUAGACAGUUUCAAUGUAGGGCAACUAUUACACUGGAGGGGCAGCCAGGAAACUGAAGACCACACCCUCCACCCCAGGUUGGGGUUAGAAAUGGAGGUUCGCGCCCUCCCAAUGGGGAGGUUGAGGCUUGCAUCGGGAGUGGCAGGGGCCUUUGCUCCCUGGGGAUCCUGCCUUUGGAAUGCUGGUCUAUCCUUCCUCGCCAGCUGACCCCAUCAGAGUUAUCCUUGCGCUCUGGUCAUGGAACCAGAUGGCCAUCUCUGUGCUGGAUCCACAGAAAAAGAGGCAGGGGUCAAUAAGUCAGGAGCAGCCCUGACCCCACUGGCUGGCCUCUGUGCCAGAGGCAGGGGACCCUGUGACCCCAGGCUAGCAAUAAAUCCUGAUUAAAAAAGGC